AUGGCGACGCAAAGCUCAGAAAUCCCAACGAGCACGCCGCGUGCGACCAGCCAAAAGUCUCACGAGCUUCUCACUUGCACCAUUAAGACCCCACCAUUCUCUUAUGCUCAGUUGGAGCUUGUCUCUGACGCAUCACGGGUUUCCGAUAUCACUCCCCUGGACAACUUGCAAUUCCUGGGCGCCACCGGUUCCGCCAUCCCCAUCGAUAUCCUCAAAGUCGAAGACAGAGAAUGCUGGCUGCGAGUACCCCGUCAAGACCUGAGCCCUUUCGCAGCGGCCAUUACCGCCUGGGCGGGUGUCUCUGAACAGGGCGACCGGCGGACGCUCCGAGUGAAGCAGUGUUCCGACUAUCUAGGAGCUAUGGUUGGUGCAAACGGCCAGGACAAGCUCUGGACGUCUUGA